GAACAGCCCACUGGAAAGCCAAGCAUGGCCCCUGGUUUUUCCACUCCCUCUAAAACCAACUCUUUCCCUGCCUUUCAGCUAACCCUACCCCUUGACCCCCUUUAUAAUCCCCGUAAAUCCUCACCCACCGUCUCCUUCAUAAACAGAGACGCCAAUUCUCACAUCUCUGUUCUGCUUUUAUACCUCACAUUCAUGUACGAUACGGUUUGGGGAAUACCAGACUGUGCUGUAUUAAUCUGUACCUAUCUUUCUCCCUUCUCCUCUGUUUUCCCUGUUUCUCGCCCAUUUCUUGAAAAUUUUGGCCCUUAGAUCAAUACCCAGAUAAUUUUUUUUUUUUGAGUUUUGAGCAAUACCUAUUUCUUCAAUUUGUGUUUGAGUCUACACCCAGAUCGUAAUUCUGCAUUUUUUUCUGGGUGGUUUGGUGGGGGAGCCCAAACUGAGUUUCCUAUGUGAGUUUGAGAUUGAAUGGGGAUUGAAACGACUCGGGCUGAUCGAAAGGGUGGUAAGGAGUCACGUGAAUUGCCCAAGGCGACAGACACGAAUCCGAGAAGCAAGCCCAAUAAGAACCGGCGACGGAAAAAGAGGAUGUCGCCGGUUCAGAAGCUAUUCGAGACUUGCAAGAAAGUGUUUGCCAAUGGAGGGGCCGGGAUUGUGCCAUCCCCUGAAGAUAUCGAACGGCUACGAGCUGUUUUGGAUGAAGUGAAACCGGAGGAUGUUGGCCUCAAUCCUGAGAUGCCGUAUUUCCGGACGCAGGUGGCUCAAGGAACCCCACCGAUAACAUACUUGCACCUCUAUGAGAGUGCCAAAUUCUCGAUGGGGAUCUUUUGCUUGCCACCAUCAGGUGUUAUUCCACUUCAUAAUCACCCCGGCAUGACGGUUUUCAGUAAGCUUCUCUUUGGAACCAUACACAUCAAAUCUUAUGACUGGGUGGUUGAUGCCCCAAGUAACACAUCCGCUGAUGUGAAUCCUUCACAAAUCACAGCUCCUGCUGUUCGUUUGGCUGAGGUUAAGGUUGACUCCAACGAAACUGCUCCUUUCACCUCCAUCCUUUACCCAGCCGAUGGAGGCAACAUGCAUUGCUUCACAGCUGUGACACCAUGUGCGGUGCUGGAUGUGCUUGGCCCUCCAUAUUCUGAUCCUGAUGGCCGGCAUUGCACAUAUUACCUUGAGUUUCCAGUUACCAGUUUCUCAGUUGACGGGGUAUCAGUGCCGGAAGAGGAGAGGGAAGAUUAUGCAUGGCUUCAAGAGAGGGAGAUUAAACCUGAGGACUUACCUGUAGUUGGAGCACACUACAGAGGCCCAAAGAUUGGGAGGUGAUCUCAUCCAUCUACAUCAUAUUCCCGCUCGUGCUGCCAAUGUCUGAUGGCUGAUGCCCUGUCCAUGCAGCACCCAAACUUUUCUUUUCUUUUUUUGGUUUUUUAUCUUGUUCUUCAGUUCUUCUUGUUUUUUUCUUCAGUUCCUUUUUUUUUUUUUUUUUUUUUUUUUUGUGGGACAUGAGGCACAAGGUGCUUUUUCUCUCUCUACAGUUUAUGUACAUACUCUGAACAAAAGACAACAAAGAGAAGUUCAUCGGAAAUGAGUAUGAAAGUCCAUCGAGUUAAUUGUCA